AUGGCAGGUCCUGCCAGAAAGAAGCAACGACGAGAAGAAAAACAAGAAGGCGAACUGCCCCAAAAGAAGUAUUAUCGGCAACGAGCCCAUGCAAAUCCGUUCUCCGAUCAUGACCUGAAAUAUCCAGUAAGUCCGGCCGAUAUGGACUGGACUCAGCACUAUCCGGCAUUCGCUGAAGCCCACGAUGAUGAUACUGGCGUGUCAAGGAAGAUAUCCAAACAAGUGUCAGUCGCAGAUAUCGGCUGCGGAUUUGGAGGUUUACUCUUCGCCUUGUCCCCAAAAUUACCCGACUCUUUGAUUCUGGGCCUAGAGAUCCGAACAUCCGUCACAGAGUUCGUGCAGGAGAAAGUCAAGGCAUUGAGAAAGCAGCACGAAGGCAUAGAGGCUGGCGAUGCGGCUGUGCCAUCGAUAGCAUCUCGCGCCGCACCCUUCCAGAAUGUCUCCUGCCUGAGGGCGAACACCAUGAAGUUCCUUCCAAACCUUUUCCUCAAAGCCCAGCUCUCCUCCAUCUUCCUCUGUUUCCCCGAUCCGCACUUCAAAACCCGCAAACACAAACAACGCAUCGUCAGUACCUCGCUCGCGUCAGAGUAUGCCUUCGUCAUGCGGCCCGGCGGCAAAAUCUACACUAUCACGGAUGUGGAAGACCUACAUUUGUGGAUGGUCGAGCACUUGGCGGCGCACCCGAGCUUCGACCGGGUCUCUGACGAGGAAGUCGAGGGCGAUGUGUGUGUUGCGGUCAUGAGGACGGAGACGGAGGAAGGGAAGAAGGUCGAGCGAAACGGCGGGACGAAACAUGUUGCAGUUUUCAGAAGACUACCGGAUCCAGAAUGGGUCUGA